CCCACCUGCUGAUAAAGCACGCCGAUUCAGGCCGAUGGAGGGGCCAAUUGCUUUGCUUUGGAGGCAAUUUCACCGCAAACGAAAGGUCCGCCGGCUUGCCUAAAGGGAGAAUGGAGUCCAAGUCCUUUCAACCACCCUGAGAAAAAGUCGGUGGUUUUCCAAACCCACUCAACCGGUUCAGUCAGGCGUCGCGCCUCGCGCAACGUUGCCAUGUCGCUCUCCAAGAUCAAGCACAUUGUCCUGGUGCUCUCGGGCAAAGGAGGCGUCGGAAAAUCCUCUGUGACAACACAGCUGGCGCUGUCGCUCUCCCUGGCCGGCCACGCCGUCGGCGUCCUCGACGUCGAUCUCACCGGGCCCUCCAUCCCGCGCAUGUUUGCGAUCGAAGAUGCGAAAGUGACCCAAGCCCCCGGCGGAUGGCUGCCCAUCACCGUGCACGAAGCAGACCCUGGGGCAGGCGUUGGUUCGCUGCGCGUGAUGAGCCUCGGGUUCCUGCUGCCCCGUCGCGGCGAUGCCGUGGUGUGGCGCGGGCCCAAGAAGACGGCCAUGGUCAGGCAGUUCCUCUCGGACGUGUUUUGGGACGAGCUCGACUAUCUUCUGAUCGACACGCCUCCCGGAACGAGCGACGAGCACAUAUCCCUGGUUGAGACGCUUUUGCAGAAGACGACCCCAGAGCAGCUUGCCGGCGCCGUCGUGGUUACGACACCCCAGGCCGUGGCGACUGCCGAUGUCAGAAAGGAGCUCAACUUCUGCGCUAAGACCGGCAUCCGCGUGCUCGGGGUAGUGGAGAACAUGAGCGGGUUUGUGUGCCCGAACUGCAGCGAAUGCACAAACAUUUUCUCGAGCGGCGGCGGGGAAGUCAUGGCCAACGACUUCAACGUCCGGUUUUUGGGUCGCGUGCCUAUCGACCCCCAGUUUCUGGUGCUGAUCGAGACAGGGAGGAGGCCGAGAAACCCCGAGGGGACCACAGUCAACGGGCACAAUAUUUCCACACCGGCCGGGGCACCAGCAGACGACCAAGAAACCAGAGAUUCGGCGCUGUUGGUGCAAAAAUACAAGGAUUGCUCACUUGCCUCGAUAUUCCACGCCAUCACCGCCGACGUCGUGGCCGCCGUACAGCAGGCCCAAGGCAGCUAGAGCACGAGCAAGAGUCAUCAAGCGAAGGCAUCAGGCCACAGAGCUGACCCUGCGCUGCUGGACUGUAGGCAGGUUUCGGCUGCCUUCAAAUGCCCUGCUGAUCACCGAGUGCCAGCGCCAUCGCCUGGCGAGCCCAGCAAGCCGCCUGAGGGAUCAGGGGACGGCCUAAGUCUCCGGCAAAGGAAACAAGUCGCUGGUGCC